AUGUACCAUCUAUGGACAAUUCAGAAUGCUAAGGGUCAUGGCAAGAACGAGACUUUGGACAGCUUACGGGCUGAAGUCAAUAAAUUCAUCAAGCUUGGCCUCGUGGUUGCUUCGUCUCAAAAAAGCGCGACAAUGAAAUGGGACCAGUACAUUCUCACAAUUGUUCUCCGGCUGGGCGUGUGUUUAGUAGGCUGGCCAUCAAAUACACCGUUUCAAACCCCAAGCAAGAUCUCCACUGUGGACUCUAUGCAAGAGUUGCGGGAUGCAUUAAAGACUGGAGAGUGUCAUUGGCGAAAGAUCACAGCAGAGGAGCGUCUCAAAUGGAAGAAGAAGUACGACCAGGAAGUCAAGGAUGGCAAGCUGAAGGUGACAACCAAGAAGCCUCGGAGCGAUCUCAAUGGGACACACAAGCGGAAGACGGCCACUGCCAGGCCAAGCAAAUUGAAGAAGGCCAAGAGUGCAGCUACAGUUGGCUGUGUCGAUGAUGGCAACCAGGACCGUGAUGGAGAAGAGGAGGAGGAGGAGGAGGCCAAUAACAGCGUUCAAAAGGUGCGUUGGUCAACUCGAGGAGAUGAUGAAGACAACUUGACAGCUCCGCAGCAAAAGAGGAAGACGCCUGGGUCUGGCAGCGCUAGGGCAAGCAAGCAAAAGCCAAAGGCUGGGAAGAAGUCCAAAACGUCCAGCAGCAUCUCAGCAAAGAAGAAGGUCGCUGUCAAGAAAAGCUCGAGACUUGCGGUCCUAGCUCAGAAAGCAAAGGCUGUAGCUUCGAAGUCCAAGUCAUGA